GUCAGGGUCCUGGGUCGAGUUAUCCUAUUUGUUCCUCCGCAUGGAACUUUUAGUAAAAGGUGAAAGAUUAACUAGGCCAAAGUGAGCCCAUAUCUAGACGCGUUUUCAAGUGAAGAUGCCCUCUACUCGCAUAUCUAACACCCAAAUUGCCACAGCAUGUGGAGAGAUGUUACUUUUUGUUGUCGUUGGUUAUUAUGCCUUAAAGUUUAUAGUCAAUGCUUUGGACCCUACAAACAAGCAAAAGACAGAAGCCAAAAAGUUGGCUGAAAAACUAAUGAAAAGUAUUGGUGUUAAAGAUAUUGAGCUUAAUGAUUAUGAGAUGGUAAUUGCUGCCAACCUCAUUGAUCCCCUGUCAAUGUCAGUUGCAUGGGACUGCAUUGGUGGACUCAGUGAUGUUGUUAGGGAAAUGAAGGAUAAUGUUGUUUUGCCAUUCAAGAAAAAAGAAAUGUUUUCAAAAUCUGUGUUACUAAGUCCACCAAAAGGAAUUCUUCUGUAUGGCCCUCCUGGUUGUGGUAAAACAUUGAUUGCAAAGGCAACAGCCAAAGAAGCUGAUUGUAGAUUUUUGAACUUGGAUAUUUCUUCCUUGACUGAUAAGUGGUAUGGAGAGUCUCAGAAGUUGGCAAACGCUGUUUUCUCUCUCGCAUACAAGAUACAGCCGUGCAUUAUCUUCAUUGAUGAAAUAGAUUCCUUUCUUCGUUCACGCAGCUCAUCUGACCACGAAGCUACUGCGAUGAUGAAGGCACAGUUCAUGAGCUUAUGGGACGGAUUGUCAUCGAAUCCCAAAAGUAACAUCAUCAUUAUGGGGGCCACCAACAGACCCAAUGAUGUGGACAGAGCUAUUUUAAGAAGGAUGCCGUGUCGAUUUUACGUGGCAAUGCCUAACAAAGAACAGCGGCUUGAAAUACUCCGAAUAAUUUUGAAUGGUGAGAAGGUUGAUGUCAAUGUGGACUUUGAAGAGUUAGCAGAGAUGACUAAAGGAUGCUCUGGCAGUGACAUAAACGAAUUUUGCAGACUGGCUGCCCUUAAUUGUAUUCGUAGUGUCACCGAAAAUACAAAACAAACUACAUGACAGUUCAGUCAAAUUCUUUUAUAUUCAAGUCACCCAAACUCUAUUCAGUCAUUUUCCAAGGUGAAUCCAUAACAAGACAAUGUAGUACCUGAUCACAUGUAACAUAUACUAUGUGAGGUGAAACGGGGAAUUCUCUCGGUUGUUUUUUGGAUGUAUGAUUUAAAGAAAAUAUAUUUAUGAAGAUAAAUGAAGAAGAAUUUUUACGAUUGGAUGCUGUGCUGAAGACUCAAGCAAACAAAGCAAGCGUAAAGAGGUAUAAAGCCAGCACACAUCAUACAUUAAACUGUGAGUGAUCAGGAAAAAUUCUUACCUAUCCGCAGUGGAUCAUUGAAAGAUUUGCUUUUUAAUCAGGGCUUUCCAAAAUAUUUUGGAAACUUCAAAUAUCUCCCGCCGUCUAUAGUAGAUACUUCAUGGCCUUUCUCUUCAACAUCAUAAUUCAGGAUACUCAUGCUUA